AUGGUGAGUUGUUCUACUUUUUGUUUAAUUUUUCACCGGUACUUUAAUUUUAUUUCGAAGAUCCGACGCGUCGUUGACACGGAAAAGGAAGAAUCGAAAGGGCUUACAAAGGUGGAAAAAGCGCGGUCCAAAGAACUUGCAUUCUACCUGCGAUACGGCGUUGACCGAAGACAUGGUUUGUGUUCGGAAGCACUCGCAAAACUGUUUCCGAUCAGAGCGGCUAAACACGGACUCAUCUGAAAGUUCGGAAGGCAGCUCGAAAAGAGCUGAGACGUUUGACAACGAGAACGAAGACGCCUACAGCCCCACAUCGGCCAGCCCGGCUCCUCAACCUGAGAAGGUACGAAGAAAGGUUGAGGGCCAAGAUUUGCGCAGAUCGAGCACGCCGAGCUGGACCAGGAGCUGGGCUCCCGCAAUCUGACGCGGCCAGGCUCUUGGAGACGUCUGGGACUGCUGUUCUCCUGCAUCACCAUGCUCAAAAACAGCAUAGUUUUUGUCGAAUGCUUCGCGGAAAGUGGAGGAUGUGAGUUCGGCUCCAAAAUGAUCACAGUCUGUUUGUUUUGAUCGAAAACCGAAGGGUUAAUUCAUUUUCGAAUUCAAUAAGUUUUCUUUUUCAAUGAUUCAGUAAGUCUGACAAAAGAAAACUGGAUUCAAACGUCAUUUUUUCAUCGUAAAAAGAGGCUAACUAUAUAUUUUUCUGAAACAUCCGCACGUGUUGCUUGACUUAAGUCUAUCAUAGGCAUUUUGAUGAAAAAAAAAUUGUCCGUAUGGUAAAAAUCGGGUGAAAGGACCAAUUUCAAUUAGUUGGUUGUUAGUUGCGUUCCUGAUCCCGUACUCGGUGGUGGCGAUGGUUGUGGGAGUUCCGAUGGCUCUUCUGGAGCUCUCCGUCGCUCAGUACGCCUCCGCACCGUUGUACACCAUUUUCGAGCGGAUAGCUCCAGCCUUGAGCGGUUCGGAAGCUGUCCAGAAAACGUGAUCCAGACGUUUUGAAGGCGUCGGCUACAGCCUGCUCGCCAUGCGCGUCUUCUAUACGCUGUUCAUUUCGAUGGAGCCGCGUUUCCUUGUGUUCAUGGCUCAGUCGAUGUUCUCGGUGCUUACCAACGACACGAGCUGGGUUCAAUGUUCCGAUUACCCUUCUUUUCGUUAGUCCAAUUUCGAGUUGUGUUAAAACUUGAAUUCAAAAAUCUUCGGUGAUUCACUUCGAUUUUACUGAUGACUGAUUCAGAAAAGAGGGUGACCUCUCAUAUUUUUUAAUGGAUGCUGUUAUAUUUUUUCGAGUUUUUGAUGUCUGGAACGACAAAAAAACCGUUACUUACAGGAAAGAACAGUAAGAGUUUAAACCCACCUUUUUGAUCAUUGUGCAAAGUUUUGAUUUAAAAUUCCCCUGAUACCAAUCCAAUGCUAAAAAGAAAUUAGAAGCGCGAUUCAAGUUCGAAAAAAUUAUUUUCCGGCUGCUAUGAAACGAGAAAACCUUGCUCCGAGUCUCAAAUCCAAGUGAACGGAUACUGCGUCGACCAAAUGACGCCGGCGGAGCGCAAUAGGUUUUUUCUAGCCGUUUUUCUAGAAGUCCGGUAAACCUUCAGGUAUGGAAAGCUUUCAAUGGGAGCCUACUAUCUCAAUGGAAACAGGGCUUUGUCAAUGAUUCCUUCCCAAAUAUACAGGUUUUUUUCGGCCAAUUUUUUGUCAAGUACUGAUUUGCUUCCAAGUUACACAGUUCAACUCUCUGGGAAUGUGGAACAGCUUUUUUCUGCUCUGAUAAUGUUCUGCGUGGCGGGCUAUAUUUCGUACAGAGGGAUGCGUUACUUUUCAAAGGUUUGACCCUAUUUGCAAGGUUUCGAAAAAGUGGAAGAGUUCAACCGGAUUUAUUCUGCUGCUCUUCUCAGAUUUUAAAACUUUUUGUUAUUUUGAAAAUCAAAGUUUUGGGCAGAUUGAGUCUUUCAGGGUCCAUUUUUUUUUGAAUUGAAAAGUCAUCGGUUGGAAAAGAAUGAAAUUUUUUUGAAAAGUGGUUUUUUUUCUGUGACACGAUUUUUGCAGAUUUCUAUUCUCUUGUGUCUUGGUCCACUGCUGGGAGCGCUUCCGUUGACUUUUGUCCUUUACGUUCAUACAAAGGCAAGAGACAAGGUUCUGGAGGAGAUCUUCGACAUGACGGACUUGGGCAAGGCGAUGUCGUCUACCGGAUGGAUGAACGCAUGUCGCGCCGUCGUCAAAACGAUGCUCGUCGGCGACGGCACACUUCUCGUCGUCGGCUCCACCUCAGACUUCCAUCAAAACGUUUUUCUGUCCGUUUUCCACGAAAAAUGACUUCCUGAUAGCGUGUUUGAGAAAAAAAGACUUCUGAAAGAAUUUCGCGAAUUGAUUUACUCACCUCAGAAGGAAAAUAAAAUGUAUCACGAAAGUCUCACGAAAACCUUUCUCGGAGGGUUAUUCAGUUACUCAAACUAUUUUCAGUUUUUCAUGACUUGUCCAUUUUCAGGGACGUACUUCUGCUAGCCUCUCUUGGCACCGGAGUGCGUAUUUUCCUCGCUUUGGCAUUUUAUCCCGUUUUAACGAUCGGCCAUAAGCUUCUCUAUCCAUUUGCAAGUCGUGGAUGUUUGUAUUUUCUUAUCUUCUCCGAGAAUUUCGUUUCGAUUUUGUGAAAAGAAGGUGAUCCUUCUUCAGACAACUCCGGUGUCCUGCAGUACUACCUCAGUGAAUUGUUCUUCGCCGCUCUCCCUUCGUUCGACGUUUCUAUGGAUCUCAAGAAGUUUUUUGCCGUCCUGACGUUCUUCUAUCUCACAGUCAGCAUUUCCUAUAUAGCCUAUCAGGUAGGCGUUUCUUUUCUGUUUCUCUUGCACAUCGUAUUGAGGUUAUAACAUUCGAAAUGCUCAUCACAUUGUGCUACCACACAUUCCCACGACUACUGUACUUGAAUGAGAAGCUCGUGCGAUUCUGUGUGAUAGCGGCUUCGAUAUCUUUCUUCAUGUCUUGCAGAAUAAUCUCGAACUUGGUUUGUUCUUUUCGAACCGCGGCUUUGGCUUUGCCUCAUGAGCUUCCAACAUAGUUCUGCUUGAUUUUCAAGACGGCGUACCCGAUGUACGGACAGGAAGACGAGCUCUUCAAUGAACACUUCUACAUCGGCCUCCUCACUUGCGCCGCUCUCUAUGAGGCCGCAUCUAUAUCUCUAUUUUACGGAUCGAAAAGACUUCUAGUUAAUAUUUUGGUGCGACACGCCUUAUUUUAGCUUUCCUCUCAGUUCAUGUUCAGACUAUGAUUUCAUCUCAUAAGAAGUCUUACCACCUUUUCAACUUGAUUCGCGGCGUUAUUCAUGUUCAAUGGUCGAUUUUCAUUCCUAUUCUCUCUGUGGUUUGUGAUGGCUGAUUAAUCGGGAGACACUCCAUAUCUUAGGUUACGGUUGCUGGCAUUUUGAGAAGGACACACGUCAUCGUGGACACAUUUUCGUUUAUUUUUUGCGCGAUUAGUGGCUUGCCGCUCUACAUAGCACUGAGACAGGUGACUCAAAAUCAGCUUUUGUUACAUUUAUCUCGGAGAAAAAGUGGAUCGUCAUUUUCAGUUGGUGAUGCACCUACGGAACAAGGAAAGCGCCCACGUGAUGACUCUUCCACAUCGUCGAUGGGGUCCGGCCAAUAUCAACAAUCGACGGCUCGCUGAGCACGACGAGCGAGCCGCUCGAAUCGUCGUUUGA